CUCCCUAUCGCCCCGUGCCAGAGUGCACGCAGCCCUUUACGCGCGGUCGCACAUGAUCACAGAGCCGCAGAGGGUGAGAGCGCGGCUCGCGAGUGGGAAGAAGACCCCGGGACAGGUCUGGGCGCUGUCCGGGGUGGAGCCGAGGGCGGAGCUUCGGGGUCCGGCGCGCAGAGCUGGGGCGUGUCCGCGCCGCCGCGAUCUGCGCCGCUCCGCCCUCGGCCCGUUCGCUGCGCUCCCAGCCUCCUCGCCGCAACCCCCGCCGUAGCUGCCGCUGCUCCCGCCGUCACCGCCUCCGAGAACAUGGCUGUGCCUCCCACAUACGCCGAUCUUGGCAAGUCCGCCAGGGAUGUCUUCACCAAGGGCUACGGCUUUGGCUUAAUAAAACUUGAUUUGAAAACGAAGUCAGAGAAUGGAUUGGAAUUUACCAGCUCAGGCUCUGCCAACACGGAAACCACCAAAGUGAACGGCAGCCUGGAAACCAAGUACAGAUGGACUGAGUAUGGGCUGACGUUUACAGAGAAGUGGAACACAGACAACACCCUGGGCACUGAGAUCACCGUGGAAGACCAGCUUGCCCGUGGACUGAAGCUCACCUUUGAUUCGUCAUUCUCGCCAAACACUGGGAAAAAAAACGCUAAAAUCAAGACAGGGUACAAGAGGGAGCACAUCAACCUGGGCUGUGACGUGGACUUUGACAUCGCUGGGCCCUCGAUCCGGGGUGCGCUGGUGCUCGGCUAUGAGGGUUGGCUGGCUGGCUACCAGAUGAAUUUUGAGACCUCGAAGUCCCGAGUGACCCAGAGCAACUUCGCAGUUGGCUACAAGACGGAUGAAUUCCAGCUUCAUACUAAUGUGAACGACGGGACAGAGUUUGGUGGCUCCAUUUACCAGAAGGUGAACAAGAAGUUGGAGACUGCUGUCAAUCUCGCCUGGACUGCAGGAAACAGUAACACUCGCUUUGGAAUAGCAGCCAAGUAUCAGGUCGACCCCGAUGCCUGCUUUUCGGCCAAAGUGAACAACUCUAGCCUGAUUGGCUUAGGGUACACUCAGACCCUAAAACCAGGUAUCAAACUGACGUUGUCAGCCCUGCUGGAUGGCAAGAACGUCAAUGCGGGCGGCCACAAGCUUGGCCUAGGACUGGAAUUUCAAGCAUAAAUGAAUAUUGUACAAUCGUUUAAUUUUAAACUAUUUUGCAGCAUAGCUACCUUCAGAACUUAGCGUACCUUUUAAUGUUGUAUGUUGGGGAUGCGAGAGUUGAUGGAUACCACGUUAGACCUCCAGGCUAAGGAUGACUCGGCUUUAAGGUGUUUACCAUUUCAGAGGUACAGCAGAAACCCCAUUCCAGAAAGGGUCCUGUUUAGCUGUAGGCGUGGGUUGGGGGGGUUGGGGAGGAGCCCCUGUAGAGAUGCCAGGCUACAAGUGGAAGCCGGGAAGGUGUGGGUCCUUUGUAAAUCUGUAUCCAGUCCCCAGAUGAAAUUGUGACUUCCCGAGCAUUGAAGCCCGGUGUCCAGAUCCUAUCUGCUCGGAAGCAUGUACACGCCUGUGUGAAAGGGAGACAGGUCCUCACGCCUCGUUCCCAUCCUAGCCCAUCACUUAACUGUUUUACACCAAAAGUAGUCUUUAGGGUGUGGUUAGCUANUUCUUUUGUGCCAUUUUAGGGUGGAGAGGGUGGGUGUGUUGGAGCUAGUCAUUCAGGACUUAAUUCUUCCUUGUGUUGUGGUGUGGAUUUCUUUCUUUCUUCUAUUUUUUUUUUUUUUUUUUUAAUUCCUUCGUUUGCCAUUGCACCAGAGUAUGAAAUAGCUUCCGUUUCCUCCGGCUCUGAGCUGGGUGGGUGAUUGUGGUCACGCCCUGACAACACUGGGGAUCUCACUGACUCCUCUUGUAGCCUCACCACUAUUUUCUAGCAGUUUAAUGGGUACAUUAUAGAGUCUUCCAUUUUGUGUGGAAUUAGCUCCUCCCCUUCAAAUGCUGUAAUUAACAUCACUUAAAAUAAAACUUGAAUAAAAUACUGAAACCUCA